CCUGCAAUUCCUGCAGUUACUUGUUAUUACCCAAUCCUAACUCAGAAGGAUCAAUCGGUGGGGACUCACACGAAGAGCUCUCCAUCUCGAUCUCGAUCACUUCUGGGAUCCAUCUUCGUUCUGGUUUGUUUCGCUCGAUCUCGGUGUGGUUUUAUAUAGCUUGUAUGUUUCUACGUAUUGUACGUGGACGGAUUUGAAUUUUGGGUCGGGCGGGUUUUCGUAGGUCGGAGAGAUCUGGGAGGAGGAGAAAAGGGGAUAUGGCGCAUAGGGUGGACCACGAGUACGACUACCUCUUCAAGAUCGUGUUGAUCGGUGACUCUGGGGUCGGCAAGUCCAAUAUUCUUUCCAGGUUCACGCGCAACGAGUUCUGCUUGGAGUCUAAGUCCACCAUCGGCGUCGAGUUCGCCACCAGAACUCUUCAGGUGGAGGGAAAAACAGUAAAGGCGCAGAUCUGGGAUACGGCAGGUCAGGAGAGAUACCGUGCUAUCACCAGUGCAUACUAUAGAGGAGCUGUUGGGACGCUGCUUGUGUAUGACAUAACCAAGAGGCAAACUUUUGACAAUGUCCAAAGGUGGCUCCGGGAAUUAAGGGACCAUGCAGAUUCAAACAUUGUCAUCAUGAUGGUAGGAAAUAAGUCUGACUUGAGCCAUCUUAGAGCUACUACAGAGGAAGAUGGUCAAGCCUUGGCUGAAAGGGAAGGCCUCUCAUUUCUUGAGACAUCAGCUCUAGAAGCGACUAAUAUUGAGAAGGCAUUCCAGACCAUUUUGAUAGAGAUCUACCAAAUCAUAAGCAAAAAAGCAUUGGCAGCUCAGGAAGCUGCCGCCAGUACGGUUGUUCCUGGUCAAGGAACCACGAUCAAUGUUUCUGAUGCAUCAGGGAAUGUGAACAAGAAAAGUUGCUGCUCUACUUAAGGUGGCAUUUGAGGGAGGAAAAAGAUUUGGAAGCAGACAAACCAUUUUUUUCCU